CUUGCAAAGCUCGAUGCGUGCGGACGUCUGCGAAUGUCGAACAUUAAUCGAAUUUUCACGUACGGAGCUGAACUUUUGAUGUGACUGUGUCAAAGUGAUUGUGUAUCUCAACUUUUAGUGACGUUUUGUGUUAAAAACUUAUAUUUUGGAGUCUACAGUGACAUUUUGUGACGUUGCGGAUACUCGAAGGAAUUGUGUUCAUUCCCAGAAGCGGAAACUAAUGGAUCCGAACAAGAGUUGAUUUUGUCGGUGAAACAUGAAUCUCGCCGCCAUUGCGUUUUGGCGCGAUAUGCCAAUCGCGUUCACGCUCCUCGUGGCAACGGCGUGUCUUGUUACAGCCAAAGAUAUUGUUUUAGACAAAGACUACACAACACUAGAAGCGUCACUCAACGAGAGGUUGCGACUAACUUGUGGCAUCAAGCCCAACGGAGAGAAGUCCUCAGUGCUGUGGUACAAAGAUGGACUGCUGGUUGAUACGCAGAAGAGCAGGGUCGUCCAGCAGAGGCAGUGGUUAAGAAUAAAAGGAUUUAGAGCCAAAGAUGCAGGGCUUUAUUCUUGUAAGACUGAUAAUGAUAAUGAAAAGGAGAUGACAAUUAGGCUCACUUUGAAACAUAAUAGUGCCCAUGAUAUGGAAGAUUACCAAGCAGAUAUGGGCGUAAGAGCACUUCCAGAAACGCUAUCACAAAUCAAAAGUGCAGCACUGGUUGAGAACAACACGUUAGACGAUAACAUGACAGACAGCAAACGAUUUAUAAAGGACGAAGAUCUCGAUGAAAAAGGAGAGAAAGAUGAAAAAGAACAUCCAAAUUACGGCCAUGUUGAUGAAAAACAGGAAUAUUUCCCUCCACGUUUUAAGCACCCUACAAAACUGUACAAAAUGGAUAUGAAACCUGCUGGGAAUUCCAUAAGACUGAGAUGUGCUGCAGAAGGGAACCCAACGCCUAAUAUUACUUGGUACAAGAACAGGAGUACGCCAAUAUCUCGGGUGUUCUUCCAACCAUCUUAUGGGAAAUGGUCGAUGGCUUUGGACGAGCUGACGAAAGCCGACAACGGAAAUUAUACUUGUGUUGUCUGUAAUAUCCUUGGCUGUAUCGAGCAUACUGUUGUUCUUCAUAUACAAGAGCGUUUGUACGCGAAACCAGUGUUGACUCAAGGCGCAGAAAAUUUGACCGUUGUAGUCGGGGACACAGCUAGGUUCAGCUGUCAGUUCCUCACUGAUUUACACUCGUCACAAUACUGGAUGUAUUUCACUAAAAACGAGUACAUAUACAAUGAAACUAUAGAUACUGACGCCUUGAUUAAGGAGUCUGUGGUCUAUCCUGAUUAUAGCAAAGUUGUCACGAGUGAGAACCCAACAGACAAACCAGAACAACUCACAAUAUACAAUGUGACUAAGGAUGACGAAGGAUGGUAUGUCUGUGUUGCCCUUAACAGUUUGGGAAAUACUACUGCUAAAGGAUACUUGACUGUAUUGGAAUCACAACCGGUUCAAGAAGCCCCUGACCAUGGAAAGCACACACUCCUAAUAAACAUACUAACAGUAGUCCUGGGAGCCAUGUUCUUCGUAGCAGCCAUCAUAGUGGUCAUGAUCUGCAAGAAGCUGAAGAGAGAGAAAGAACAGAAACAGUUGGCUAUAGAGACGGCGAGAGCAGUGAUAGUGACGCAUUGGACGAAGAAAGUGACGGUUGAGAAGCCGCAGAUGAAUGGCUCGCCGACUGCUACUGGUGAAGCUUUGCUGAUGCCAGUAGUGAAGAUCGAAAAACAAAAGCUAUCGCAAGUGCAGAACACGACAAGCGAUUCAAUGAUGAUGUCAGAAUACGAGCUACCGAUGGACAUAGACUGGGAAGUGCCGAGGGAAUCCUUGUGUUUGGGCAAGGUGCUCGGUGAAGGAGAAUUCGGCAAAGUCGUGAAGGCUGAGUGUGUUGGUAUAUUGAAGCCGGGAAUGCAGUCUGUGGUUGCUGUUAAGAUGUUGAAAGAGGGCCACACGGACGCAGAGAUGAUGGCACUAGUCUCGGAGAUGGAGAUGAUGAAGAUGAUUGGCAAGCACGUGAACAUCAUCAACUUGCUCGGCUGCUGCACACAAGACGGUCCACUCUACGUCAUCGUUGAAUACGCUCCCAAUGGAAACUUGAGGGAGUUCCUGAGGAAUCAUCGACCUGGCAAUCGAUACGAAUCACCGACAGAAGAACUAAAAGAAAAGAAAACGCUAACACAGAAAGAUCUAGUCUCAUUCUCAUAUCAAGUAGCCAGAGGAAUGGAAUAUUUGGCAUCCAGACGGUGUAUCCACCGUGACUUAGCCGCUCGCAACGUGCUGGUCUCCGACGACUGUAUCCUCAAGAUAGCUGACUUCGGCUUAGCCAAGGAUGUCCACAGUAAUGACUACUACAGGAAGAAGACAGAAGGCAGGCUGCCGGUCCGGUGGAUGGCUCCUGAAUCGCUGUACCACAAAGUCUUUACUACGCAGACUGAUGUUUGGUCAUUCGGCGUGUUGCUGUGGGAGAUCAUGACUCUAGGUGGGACGCCUUACCCAACUGUCCCGGGGCAGUACAUGUACCAGCAUCUCAGUGCUGGACAUCGGAUGGAGAAGCCGCCGUGUUGUAGUCUUGAAAUAUACAUGCUGAUGCGCGAGUGCUGGUCCUUCUCUCCCGGAGACAGGCCUUCCUUCACGGAGCUCGUCGAAGACUUAGACAAGAUCCUCACAGUGACUGCAAACCAGGAAUACCUGGACCUCGGUCUACCACAACUUGACACUCCACCUUCGAGUUACGAUGGUUCUGGUGAUGAAAGUGACAGUGACUUCCCUUUCAUCAAAUAGACUUUUGAAUUAGAUUUCUGAUGGUGAAAAGAAGAACAGUAUUAAUACGAUUGAAGUACCAAUUUAAAUGGUAUUUGAUGAUAUAGUAUUUCAGUUUAGUGAAACUGGUGUCUUACUUAUUGACAAUGAAACGAAAUGAGUGAGUUUUUCAUCGUUAAAUGUUGGAUUGGAUCUCUGAGAUGAGAUGAGACCAGAUGAUAAAUCAUGGUUGAAAGUUAUUAAGCUAACUAGUAGCUCUCUAAUUAAUAUUGAGAUUACAACAUGAGAUUUUCACUCAACAGUUGCGAAGAGAAGAAAUAAAGGAUUCUUAGCUACUCCGAAUGAAUAGCUGAACUUAAAUGAACCCACCAAUGAUAAUCG